CGAGCAAGUGACCGAACCCGUUCAAAUGGACCAUUCCAUGCAGGUCCGGGUCAGUGGAUCUGUGCCUUACCCGCGGGCUUCUCAUUGAGUCAUUUCCGUAGUCAGGGAGGGAUCGAUAUCUUGGACGGAGAUAGGUUAUGCAAUUAUGACUUAUUCAAGAGGUCCUCCCUUCCCUACUGGAGCGCUAACUCCUAUUUUUUUGUAGAG